AUGGCGGCCAUGAGCCGGCUGCUGAGGGCGGCCGCGGCCUGGGCGGCGCGGCGGGCGGGCGGCACCGGGAUCGCCGGGAGCUCCGGGAUCGCCGGGAACACCGGGAUCGCCCGCCUCCCCGGCACCCUCGUUCCUGUGCGACACAGCAGCAGCCAUGGGAAGAGAAUGUUUAUUAUCAAGGCAACAAGUUUUUAUGAUACUCGAUUUCUGAACUUGUUGAGAUUCUACAUAUUCCUGACGGGAAUACCGGCGGCGCUGUUCAUAACGUACGUCAACAUCUUCAUUGGUGAAGCUGAACUCGCAGAGAUUCCCGAAGGUUAUGUUCCAGAGUACUGGGAAUACUACAAACACCCCAUCAGCCGCUGGAUAGCUCGUUACAUCCUUGACGCCCCUGAGAAGGACUAUGAGAAACAGAUGGCUUUGCUCGCCAUAGAAGCGAAGAAAACUGAAAUGAGGCUGAUGGAGCUGGAGGCACGCAGACUGAUGAGACACCGGGGAGAUGGACCUUGGUAUCAUUAUGAAACACCUGAUAAGAACCUUGUUGACAAUUCUAUGAAAUCCACACCUGACAAUUAAACAAUUUUGGGACAGUGUGCAUGGUCUUAAAUGCAUACUGACAAAUUGUGACUGAGCAAAGGAAUAGACAUCCUGCUGUUUGUUGAUGGAAAUGAAUAAAAAUAAACAAUGGUUGUGUUGAUUCCA